AUGGAGGAGGAGUUAGAAUCUAUCAUUGGUCAUCUAUCUCUUCGGGAUAAUGAAGUUGUUCGACAUUUCACCAGUUUAUUGAAUAUCACCCGCAUCGAUCAUUUCCACACAAUUGUUGGCAAGCUCCAUUGCCCUAGAGUGGUUUCCCAUUACUCUAUUGGUAAUUGUCGGAACAUUUGGUCCAUUCAUCAUGGCUUCACAGUACGUCUGGUGGGGGAAAAUAUGGUCCACUUUAAGUUUAGUGAUCGGAUUGACAGGGCGAGAGUUUUACAUGGUGAACCAUGGCUGUUAUGCUGGAAGCAUCUCUUGGUUCUUAAGCCUUCUGAUGAUUUGAAUGUGGAUUUUAAUUUAUGUCCAUGGUGGAUUCAAUUUAACCACUGCCCGUUGGAUUUGAUGAAUGAAGACUUUGCAAGGUUUGCAGGAAAUCUCAUUGGUCAAUAUAUGGACGUCUUCCGUGAUGGUGAUCGAAAUUUCAUCGUUCGAUUUCUUCGCAUUAAAUUUAAUAUCAACAUCACAACUCCUUUGCUGAGGGUUCUUCAAUUCGAGCAUGAAGGCAAGGAAAUCAAAAUACCCCUGAAGUAUGAAAGAUUGUCGGAGUUUUCUAUCAUUGUUGAAUAAUCGGACAUAUUGAAAGUGGGUGUCCAACACGGCCAACUGUUGCCAGAACCUCUGCGGAUCCACCGUAAUAUGGUAGUUGGCUCAAUGCUACGGGUUACUGGAAUCCGUUUGUGUCACGUCACCCAGCUCAAGAGCCUGACCCUUUCCACGUCCCUGAUGACUCGGAUGAUGAGCAUGUCCCUUUUCAUGAACGUCAGUCUCACUAUGUAACCACCUCUUGAAGAUCACCUGCACCACUUACCACGUUCCUAAUACUUCUAAUUCUAAUCCCAUAACUUCUCUCUCCUCAUCUCAACCUCAAUCUCUUGUGCAUAAUUUCUUGAACCCACUCAUCCUGUAGAUAAUCUCACUUUCUCUACAACUCCUAUCAACCCGCCAAGCCUGAUCACCAAUAAAUCUAGUCAACCACCAAAACCCACUCAAAGUCGUAUCCUUCCAAAAUCACUUUUGGUUGACUCACAGUUAUAACUAACCCCUCCUAAAUCAGCUACGACUCACCAUACUCCCCACAAUGGAAACCCUAACUCUACAUCCCCGCCCCAUCCAUCAGUCACGUCCUCCUCUCUCACUGUCAAUCAAGCCCCAACCCAAACUCAUUGCACUACCACUCCUCCACACCAACCAGACCCAACAACAUCUCUUCCAACCCUUCUCAGUCCAUACUUAGUCAAUGUCCCCAUGACGCUAGACUCUCCUGCUAAAAAGGCGGCCCCUCAUUUUAAUAUGGCGCGUCGUCGAAUUCUCUAGAAUGUUCCCAUUAAUGAUUCCUGCUUAAUAUCUGUCAAACGCAAACUGGUUCUUGAUGAUUUUGACGGUGAACAUUUGCAUAUGUUGGAUGUUGAAAUAAUAGGCAAGAACCCCCAACUUGAUGACCACGUUUCCUCUGAUAUUUCUUCUUCAGUAAGUUUCUCUAUGGAUGGCGGUGUGGUGGAGAUUGAGCAAUCAUCCCAAUCCUGCCCAGCUCAAUGAGUCUUCUAAGUUGGAAUUGCCGGGGAUUGGGUAGUUCCCAGAAAUUCAACGAAUUGAGCAAAAUUGCUCAUGAAAAAUCCUCUCUGAUCCUCUUUUUGUGUGAAAAUAAAGGUGGCCAAUCUCAUAUUGAUCGUUUGAAGAAUAAGCUGGACAUGUUUGGUGUUUGUGUGGAGGAAAGUGGAAAUUCAGACGGACGGGCCAUGCUUUGGAAAAAAAGACGUUUCAGUUUGCUUGCGUUCUUAUUCUGAUCGUCUAAUUGAUGUGGAUGCUGAUUGCAAGGUCAUAUAGUUCGCGUUACUGGCAUUUAUGGACAAUCGGAUGUGUCCUUAAGGAGAG